AGUCAUCAAUUCCUUCACGUUCCCAAACGGCCGUGACUCGAUUCCCGGAUAAUAACCGAAGUGAACCGAACCUCUACCUCUUCACGCCACCACAUCCUUCACGCCUCCUCCGCCUCACCAUGAAGACGGAGGUGUUGUGCCUGCUGAUUUGUCUCGGCGCGGUCACCGGUUUGACGAGGAAGCAAGAGGCGGCGGAGCAGAGUCGAAGGAAGGCAAGUUUGCCAGCGUUGCAAAAGAAGCAGCAACCCGCCGAGGAGGAGGAGGAGGAGGAGGUGUCGGAUCAAUGCCCCGAGCCGAACGGUUAUUUCCCGGACGAGGAGCAGUGCGACAAAUAUUACGACUGUCGGGACGGCAAGGUUGUGGAGAAGCUGUGCCCCGACGGCCUCGUGUUCAACGACUUCAGCCCCCAGCACGAGAAGUGCGACCUCCCCUUCGGAAUCGACUGCGCCAACAGGCCGAAAUUGCAGAAACCGCAACCGUCCCCCCAUUGCCCGAGGAUGCACGGCUACUUCGCCCACGAGGACCCAAGGAUAUGCAACACGUUCUACUACUGCGUGGAGGGGAAGUUCAACAUGAUCACGUGCCCGGAGGGGCUGGUGUUCUCCGAGAGGACGGGUAUAUGCAACUGGCCGGACGAGGCGCAGAAGAAGGGGUGCGGUUCCAGGGAGUUGUUCAACUUCACGUGCCCGAGGGUGGACGAGGCCGUGGCGGCCACCCACCCCCGAUACCCCGACACCGAGGACUGCCAGUACUUUUACGUGUGCGUGAACGGGCAGAUACCGAGGAGGAGCGGGUGCAAGUUGGGGCAGGCGUUCGACGAGAGGACCGGGAAGUGCGACUGGGCGAGGAGGAUACCCGAAUGCAAGGACUGGUACAAGGGUCAGUUGACCGACGAGGAGUUGGACGCGUUGGAAAAUCCGCCCCCGAAGCCGAAGCCUAGCGGCGGUGGACAGCAAAGGAGGAAGGGAAGGGCACGCGAAACCGACGUAGACUUAAGGAUUUAAGCUUAGAAGAAAAAGAACGUGUAGAUUUUAAUCGUUUAUCGUCGCUUCGAUAAUAAAAUAUUUUUAAUAUUA